GCCAGUAGGUCUCAGCGCCCCAGAGGAGACGGGCACACUGCAGGUCUAUGUCCUCAACACUUAGUUAUAGUGAUCAUUAUAUUUACGUUUUUGUAUAAGUUAUACCUGAGCACCUUUUGGAAGCAGCCUGCUCCCACUCCGAUAGAGCUGCCCGCGGAGGAAUGCACGUUAACACCGAUACCUGCGACCGAAAACACACCAAAAAAGACAACAACGUGUCAUGAUGGAGGGCUCAAAUAUUCCCCGUCCAUCGUCAAACCGUAGGCCGUCUUUGGGGACAAUUUCACCCGAUGAAAACGCUCCUGUCGGGACAGCUCCGUCUCAGGUGACCGUGAAGAGACAAGCGGUGAAGAGACACCACCACAAACACAACCUGAAGCACAGGUACGAGUUUCUGGAGACCCUCGGGAAGGGAACCUAUGGCAAAGUGAAGAAAGCCAGGGAGAGAUCCGGCAGACUGGUUGCCAUAAAGUCAAUUAGAAAGGAGAAGAUCAAAGAUGAGCAAGACCUGGUCCAUAUUCGCAGAGAAAUCGAGAUUAUGUCGUCACUCUGCCACCCACACAUCAUCACCAUAUAUGAAGUAUUUGAAAACAAGGACAAAAUUGUGAUAGUGAUGGAGUACGCCAGCCGAGGGGACCUGUACGAUUACAUCUGCGACAAGAAGAACAUCUCUGAACGGGAGGCCAGGCACUUCUUCAGACAAAUUGUAUCAGCUGUGCAUUACUGCCAUCAGAAUGGAAUAGUACACCGGGACCUGAAACUGGAGAAUAUUUUACUAGAUGGCAGCGGCAAUGUGAAGAUCGCAGACUUUGGCUUGUCCAACCUCUAUCAUGGUGACGAGUAUCUUCAAACCUUUUGCGGCAGCCCUCUGUAUGCUUCCCCCGAGAUUGUAAAUGGACGACCAUACCGUGGGCCAGAGGUGGACACUUGGUCUCUUGGUGUGCUGUUGUACACGAUGGUUCAUGGCACCAUGCCAUUUGAUGGAAACAACCACAAGUCGUUGGUCCAACAGAUAAGCACCGGAAACUACCGGAAACCCAGCAACCCCUCUGAUGCAUGUGGGCUGAUCCGCUGGAUGCUGAUGGUGAACCCAGAGCGCAGAGCCACAAUAGAGGAGAUUGCAGGACACUGGUGGCUCAACUGGGGCUACCAGCAGCCAUUACUGGCUGAGACAAAGAGCAGUGCUGUAGAGCAAAGCUCUUCACUGACCUCUCCAUCAGCAUCACACCCUGCUGGGCUGGCUAGUGUUGCCAGUUGGCUGCGCCGUACAUCCAGACCUCUACUGGAGAACGGCUCCAAGAUGCGCUGCCUGCUCCGCUCACAGGGCGCUGGAGGGGAUGUAGUCCGGCAGCGUUCUCUGCGAAGGUCACGAAAGGAAAACAAUGUCUCCCAGACCAUUCAUGAAGUAAGCACAGACAGCCGCCCCUCUAAGGGUAUUUUAAAGAAACGCAACAGCGUGAAGCAGAAGCCGAUGAGUGAAACCCCCGCUGUGGCCUCAGUAGAGCCACAGAACGUUUUGUCUGCACCCGAUGAUACUCCUUCAGCCGCACUGCUGCCUCGCAAAGGAAUCCUAAAGAAGCCCACAGAGCAUGAGUCAGGAUACUACUCCUCCUCUCCUGAGAACAGUGACUCUGGCUGGCCACCUCAAACUAAAGAGUGCCCUUCAGCGCCAACCCAUAGGAAAGGCAUCUUGAAGCGCAACGGAAAGUUCUCCUCAGGUGGACUGCAGGAGUUUGGCUCUCUGGACCAGCUGGCUGCUUCUUUACCGCGCAGCGGCACCAGGUCGAGGCCGAAUGGGGCCAUCAGCGAGGACAGCAUUCUGUCUUCUGAGUCCUUUGACCAGCUGGAUCUGCCUGACCGAGUAGGACCUCCAUCUCAAAUGGAUAAACCAGCUAGGGCCAUCAUGAGAGGGUGUGUGUCUGCUGACAACCUGCUAGACAUUAACGAAGACGGGAUUCUUGGGGAUGGGCCGCUGAGGCCCUGGAACUGCUACAAGUCUGGAGUGGCCGACAGUGCCUUUUCUAUCACAGACUGUGAUAACGUCACAGAGACUUACAAACAGGCGCUGGUUAUACGAGGCUCUGCAGCAAGCUGAAGGCUGGUGAUGGGUAAUGAGGGACAAUUGUUUUUGACGGACCGUAAACUAAGGAAGACUUGAAAGCCAAAGCGCAUAAAGUGAAAUUAGCACACUGUAGUCCUAAUCAUUUUUGGCUAACUUCAGGAAUUAUUCAGUACCAAAGAGGCAGGAGGCUUCUUGUUUAACAUCAGAUUGUAAUUUAGAUGGUGAUUGGUGAGGCUUGUAAUUUGAGUCGAACAGGCUAAAAAUAACCAGAUGGUACAGUAUUUGAAAAUGUCCAUUUCAAAGAUUCUCAGGAGAAGAAAGCUGCUGUCGGUCAAUAAGGAGCUCUAAUUUUCAACACGAGAGCUCACCAUCAAAAGUGCAGGUAAUGCAAAAAGUCACUCUGAAACCAAAACACUGGUCUUAAAUGUCAAAAAGUGACAGUGUGUUGAAUAUUUUUUAUCAGUGACAACAAACUAAGAAACUGACAUUUUACAGUCACAAUGAGACUGUUGUUUGAAUAUUACUUAAGCCGGUGUCAGUGUCUUUAACUGUCAACAGGACUGUUUGAGAAAGUGCUUCUGACAUAAACGCUCAUUUGGAUUCUGGCUGUGUGAAGCUGCUCAUCUGUCAACCUUAUGUUUAACCAGAAUAACCGCAAUAACACGCAGGUUUAAUGUCAGGCUGGGUAUGCUGCAGCUUUGACUGUGCUUUAUAGAAUGUGGGGAAUAUGACAUUUCAUGGAUACCAAAGAGCAACUUUGCAAAUGUCGUUGGAUGUUUUUUUUCUUUCUUUUUUUAUCUUUAUUUAAAGCACCAACAAAAAGUGCCAAGAUGUUUGUUUGUAACAUGGACUUUUUUUUAUUGUUUAAUUUUUUCCUCUUAAAUGACUCGUUCUAAGUUUGGACAAUUACUUGAAUAACAAUCAUGACUCAUGUGACUCACAUCACGUGAAACUAGAAGAACCUGCUUUUGCUACAGAGCCUGCCCUCAUACAAGUGCCCAGGUGGCCAUUCAUUCAGUGUGCAGGUGGCAGUUUCACAGAAAAGGUGGGGCUCAAGAAAUCACUUCAGAGUUUGAUUGUUUGAAAAUUUGAAAAACAGUGACUUGAGUCUGAAAGUGAAUCAUAAGUUCCAGCUUACUACUGUAUGCUGUUUAUAAUGUGUAACCUUUCAAUGGAAUUUUUAAGAUCAGUCACGGAGCUCAGGUGUAUUCAACUUUACAUUUUAAUUUAAAAUAUCCAGACACCCGCGGUGGUUGAGUAUUUCAUAAAGCCGGAUUAGAGGUUCAGCCAUUUAACUGUUAAAAAUGUACAUGACUCAAAAGGUAAAACUUAUAUAAUCUUAUAUACCAGGUUCUAAAGUAAAACAAUGAAUUAUGCAUAUAGAUGAUCAACAAUUAAGUUUGGAAAGAUACAUGCUAUCUGGUUCUUAUUCCUGCUAUAUGAAAUACAUCCAGGUAGUCAGAGAAAUGAAAUCAGUAUGUUGUAUUUGUUUCUGUUGAAAUGCCCUGCUGCACACUGGAGUUACUCAGUUGGAUUGGCACACUGGCAUUAAAUUAGAACAUGAAGCCGGCGCCUGGAACAGCACUUAGUCGAACCAUCGAAACCUGAUAACCAUUCAAUUUAUUGGCUGUUUAUGAAGUAUUAAGUUCAAGUACUAAAAGUUGCACACGGCAAUACGCUGAUGCUGCAAAACCAUGCUGUAACUGGAAUGUAAAAACUGAAUUUAUUUAUGGUUAUUUUUCUGGCACACGUUGAGGCUUGUCAGGAAUAUAAAGCCUCCACAAAAGUAGGCUUGGAAUUGCCUAAUUUCAACUGGAAGUUCUUGUUAUUU